CACACUUAAAGUCAAUAUUUUUCAAUAAAACCCCCAUCAAAUUGCUGAUCAAACAAUAUCAAUAAAUUCUUUCCACUGUAGAGCCGGGUAAAAUGAAAUAAAUGAGCAGCAAAACGGCAAACACACACCGCUCGAGAGGCCAGACAAGAGGACCACCAUGAUGGCAGGCGGCUACAAAUGGGCAAAGCAUAAAUACACAAAAAGAUGCCAAAAAGAGGAGACGAGGAAAAAACAAUUUCAAUCAUCAUGAUCAUAAUUAAAAGGCAGCACACACAGAUGGAAUAUUCCCCGCAGCAACAUGUUGCUGCUGUGCUGUGUUGCUGUUGCUGCUGUUGCUGUUGCUCCGCUGACUGUGCAACUUCGCACAUCAGAAUUAAACGCAAUUAGAGCGAGCCGGAAUUAUCGGGCAGACAGAGAUAGCGAGCAUUUCGUGGGCGGAGCUCUGGCAGUUGGAAAAUCGAGGGAUUUUUCAAAAUGGAGGUGCCAAACCAGAGCGGGACGGCUAUUUCCCGCUCUCUCAGCCGAUCCACAGCCAAUGGAUGGACCGCAGCAGGUAAUCUCGAUCCAUGGCUCAAGACCCAAACGAGUCAAGCUCGUUUCUUUCAGCUCGAUCGAGAGAUCUCCUCCGCCAACGGAACUUGCUCAGUUGAAAUGCGAACUUGGCGAGCUCAAGACACGACCGUCGGCUAAGACACACUCUCUAUUUGUAUAUAUGAUAUGGCGGAAUUGUAACCCACAUGCGAUAUACGACAUACGACACCGGCGUAAUCAAAUUAACACCCACUCAUAUGAAAGACUUUUGUGCGGUGAUUUGCAUAAUUGACGCUAAUCGGCGGUAUCUCGUGCUCACCUAAAAAAGUAUAAGCCCCGACUCAAAAAUAAGAAAUAGACCCCGCCAAAUGUGACAGUGCUUUGUGUGUGUUUUCGAACAAUUGUGCAAGUGACAAUCGGCAAACAAAAGAGUUUCGAUUAUAUAUUAGGUAUAACUAUUUUAGGACCCCCAUCACCUUCAUCAUGAUCACCAUGAACGAGCUGGUCGAUCUGCGCAUGCAGCAGCAUAUAGCGCAUGAGAUCUAUCGCCAGCAGAUUAUGCAGCGCAUACCAGAUCCUUUUCCUCCGAUGCUACCAAUUCCUAUGCCUCGGCACGUGAUCAUGCCACCCCGAGUCACCCUCCCCGGCGUGGAGAUGACCCUUCAAAACGACGAUCUUUGGAAGCAGUUCCACCAAAUUGGCACGGAAAUGAUCAUCACCAAGAGCGGCAGACGGAUGUUCCCCUCGAUGCGACUGAGUGUUUCCGGUCUGGAGGACGAGAGCAACUACUGUGUGCUCCUGGAGAUGGUGCCCAUUGGCGACUGUCGCUACAAGUUCUCCGGAUCACAGUGGGUUCCGGCCGGAGGAGCCGAGCCCCAGAGUCCGCAGCGGAUGUACCUGCAUCCGGACAGCCCGGCCACAGGUGCUCAUUGGCAGGCGCAGCCCAUACUCUUCAACAAGGUCAAGCUGACCAAUAACACGCUGGACAACAGCGGCCAUAUCGUCCUGGCCAGCAUGCACAAGUAUCAGCCGCGUCUGCACGUCAUACGCACCGCUGAUCUGGCGCAGAUUCCCUGGGCCCCACAGCAGGCCUUUGUGUUCGCCGAGACCGAGUUCGUGGCCGUGACAGCCUACCAGAACGAUCGCAUCACCAAGCUGAAGAUCGACAACAAUCCGUUUGCCAAGGGCUUCCGCGAAACGGGACAAUCGCGCUGCAAAAGGAAGAUGUCUUCAUCGCCAACUGGCGAGGAUCAAGAUCAAUCGCAGUCCCAAUCGCAGUCACUAUCCCAUUCUCAAUCCCAAUCCGAGUCUGACAUGUCGCCGGCGAAGGGCAGUGAGACAGCAGGAGGAGGAGGAGGAGCAUCAACCAUCGGCGAUUUGGAUGGCCCGCAAAUUAAGCGCCUGAGAUCAAAUGGCUCCGCCUGCUCCUUAUCGUCAUCGCUGGAUGAUCCGUCGGCGCCUGGCGCCAGUUCCCUGGCUCUGGGCUCCCCACCGCCUCAUCCGCAUCCCCAUCCCCUCCAGGCGAGGAGUGCCUCCAGCGUUUUCAUGCAGCACUUCCAGCAGAAUAUGCAGAGCCUGCUGAGGCCCUCACUUGUGGACCUGGCCUGCACUUACUUCGGGAGACCCCAUGAGUAUGGAGGAGCAGUCCAGCCCACACCUCUCUAUUCCCCGGCAGCCAUUUUACAUCCUGGCCUGAACCUGCCUCCCGGCAUUUCCGGUGCGGAUAUCAUUUCCGACGAGUCGGGGGCUGAAGAAUUGGAACUAGAUGUGGGCAGUGAAACCACCACAGUAGAGCAGUCUUCGCAGGAACAACCACCGGAACAACCCUCUACAAGGAGCAAGGGCUUCAGCAUUUCGGCCAUCUUGGGGGGAGGAAGUUAAAGAUAACUUUGAUUUAUAAUAAAAGGGUUUCAAGAUCAUGUUUUACUCAGCUAAAAUGGUUUCUUCACUCAACUUUCUCCUGGAAACGAAAAAUAUAAAUAUAUAUAUUUCAUUAAAUAUAUUUUAUGUAUAUAUCCUAUUUCAUAACAAGAAAAACUCUGCAAUCUUAAUACAACUCAUUUAAAUAAGUGUUAUACUUUUAAUGAAAUGUACAAAUUAUACAAUAAAAAAUUUUACAACUUCUUAGAGAGUUCUAAUCUUAAUUUUAGAAGAGCUUACAUCUUACGCAUUGUACUCAUUCUGAUAUUAUACAGAUAAUAGCCUGAUUAGUUAAUAAGUUCAAAUAAACCUGAAACAAUUAAAGUUACUCUACAGUAUAAGAUAA